ACAUACUCAGCGCUUUAAUUAUAGAACAAGUGCUAACCCGGAAAUGAACGAUUAACGUACCACACUUAUUUUCUCAAUGUGCUUUGUUAAAUUUCAGGAAACUGUACAAUAUCUAAAGGCAGAGGUAAACCUGAAGUUUUAGAUAUUCCACAUUGCGAAUAACCUUUCCAGUUUCCAAACGAAAGAUACUCAUGGAGAGGGGGUUCAUUGUCUCCGUCCUCGCCCUGACGGUGAUUGCUUUGGGGCCAGUGAAAAGCUCCUUUUGUCCCGAUAGCUUGUGCUUUUGUCCUGAUGUAUUGACGGCCGAUUGUUCAAACAGAAAUCUUCAAUCUAUACCAGCAGGACUACCUUCCAGUAUCAGAACUCUCAUAUUGUCAAGAAAUAAGUUUCACAUUCUCAGGAAUGACACAUUUGAUCCUAUUACAAAUUUCAAUAUUACGAAUUUGGUAAUGGACAACUGUCAGAUGAAAAAUAUUUCGGAACGCUCUUUCGCAAGUCUAGAAAAAUUAGAAUACCUCGACCUAUCAUUUAAUAAUUUGAAUGUGAAGGAUAUCAAUAAUGGUAUAAAAUAUCUCGGAAAGUCGAGCUUACGAGUGUUUAACAUGUCAGGAACUCUUUUCGACUCUAGACUUUUUCCUGUAAGAAAUAAUAAUGUAUUUCUAACGCGUUGGUUGAGAAGUCUGCGGGAAGUAGUCAUCCGGUCUUGUGGCAUACGAUAUUUUUCUUUUAAAUCUUUCGCUAAGUUAACCAAUAUCAGCAAAAUCGAUUUAGGGAACAACUUGAUCUCAAACUAUAUACUGCCCAAUACUUCGGUACCCUCCUUACAAGAAUUGAAUUUUACAGACAAUUAUUUUAAGAAGGUCCCCGGGUUUUGUCUAGACUAUGCCAGACGUAUACCUGCUUUCCCAAAUUUGCAAACAUUGCAUCUGGCAGUGAACGAUAUCCGGGAAACAGCAAAUUUUAUAAAAGAGGGUUUCUGUCUGAAAUAUGUUGAAUUCUUAAACGUAUCACAUACUUCAUUUCAGGAAAUUUCUUUGUAUUCCUUUUUGAGUCUGAGUCAUUUGCAAAUUUUGAUCAUCGAUAACUUGCAUGGAGUCACUUUAGAUAGUAGGUCAUUAUCUUCAAAAUCACUCCGGACACUCUCUAUCGGACGUAUGGUGCAAAAUAGUUUAAUAGGCUUUGCAGAUAUUUUCUCUGAAUGUAGAAAUAUAAAAUCAUUGAAAAUAAUGAACACCGGUUUAUCCAAAACGGAUGUAGUAGAGAUGUUAUCACCAUUAAAGGAUCUGUCAUAUCUAGCUAUUGUUAAUGGUGAAAUCGAGCAAAUGACUGCACUAAAUAGUUUUACAAACUUAACUUCUAUUGACUUCAGUUUCAACAGGAUAAAGGAAAUCCGAAAAAGCGUUGUUCAAAAUUUAACUACAUUGAAACUAUUGGUUUUGCGUGGCAAUCGUUUGAGCAAUAUGAAGGAGUCUUCUCUGUCGGCUUUACUUUGGAAGAAGAAGGAUUUUUGGAUCGAUGUAUCAUUCAAUCCAUUGGACUGUGGAUGCCAGCUUGAAUGGUUCCGACUCUGGGUCGAAAACAACCAAAAUAGAACUGUUGGAUAUCCUGCUCAGUACAUUUGCGCCUCUCCAUCAGACUUAAAAGACAAAAGUAUAGCAAACUUUGAUCCUAUAUCCGAAUGUCACAAAAUAAGUCCCUAUGUCAUCCUCGCGUGCAUUUCGUUUGCAUUUGUCUCAUUGGUGAUUGUGACUAUUGUUCUGUUGAGAAAGUUUCGUUGGGACAUCAAAUAUUAUAUAUACACAUGCAAAAACAGAAAACCAAUGGGAUAUAAAAGAUUUACAGAUGAUGAAUUCCUGUAUGAUGGUUUUGUUGCCUAUAACACAAAUGAUAGGAAAUGGAUAAUGUCUGAACUCGUUCAGAUGGUGGAAAGAAAUAACAAGUACAAGCUUUGUCUGCACGAGAGAGAUAUUUUACCGGGUGGAAUCUUUGUAGAUGACAUUUUAGAAAGCAUUGAAGUCAGCAGAAAAUUUAUGUUGGUGUUGUCCAAUAAUUUCAUGGACGAUCAAUGGUGUAAGUACGAAACCGCCAUUGCCAAUCAUACUUUGGUUGACGGAGGUGGACACAAGUUAUUGCUGAUUCUGUUACAGGACAUUCAUUCUGAACACAUCAAUAAAUCUCUGAAGGUACUUCUAAAUUCAGUAUCGCACGUGGAGUGGACAAUGAAUAGAAAUGGCCAGAAGCUGUUCUGGCAAACCGUGAAGCAAUUCAUGGGAAGAUAAGUUUGGUGCUUGUUAUUAGUAUAUUUCUUAUAUUUGUUUUUGAAUAAGAUAGUCACAUUCAAAAUUUACGUUUUGAAUUGUAAUUGAAAUAAUGCAUCAGCUAUUUUAAAUGUCAUUCUACAGUAAUCUUUUUUUCUUCAAAUGUUAAUGUUACGUCAUAUUACAUAUAUCAUAUAUAUACGUCAUACUGUAAAUGUAUUACAUUUGGCUGUGUAUUCUAUUUAGCGCCUUUGGAGGAACGCAGCUUCCGCUAAAUCAAGUACAUCGCUAAAUGCCAUCCGUAAAUCUAGAUGUUUAAAGUAAUUCAGGAAUGCGAUAAAUCAAAUCUACGCUAACUUGUUGAAAAAACGAUUUCCGCCAAAUAUCGUACACGCCAAAUAUAAUACGUUUACAGUAUAUCAGGAUAUAGGGCUCACGGUGGGUGUGACCGGUCAACAGGGGAUGCUUACUCCUCCUAGGCAACUGAUCCCACCUCUGAUGUGUCCAAGGGUCCGUGUUUGCCCGACUUUCUAUUUUGUAUUGCUUAUGCAAGGUGAAGAUAACGAACAGUGAUCAAUCUCAUAACUCCUACAAGCAAUACAAAAUAGAUAGUGAGUUAUGAGAGUUAUGAGAUUGAUCACUGUUCGUUAUCUUCACCUUGUAUGACAAUAAUUGUUGUUUUCCUAAUGUUAUAUAUCCAUUUCUGUUGUUAAGUCAAAAUGUUCAGAUGUAAUAUUCUUUACACACAUUUCUGUUGUUGAGUCAAAAUGUUCAGAUGUAAUAUUCUUUACACACAUUUCUGUUGUUAAGUCAAAAUGU